GGCCACAAAAUUAGUCGCCCGAUUCCACGUUUGUUGUUAAUACGCGUCGGGUAAAACCCAUCGAUCAUGAGACUGACCACAUCAGGGGUAGCCCUGCUACUACUGGUAUUACAUGCCAAUAAUCCAAGUGACGCUUGGACACACAAUUGGCACACAGGUCCAAUUAAUUGUUAUAUCUGCUCCAGUAUAGAGGAGUGCUCGGCCGGCUCAGGCCUACUACAGAAAUGUGAUAGCAACGAGGCCCAGAGCUGCAUGGCGGUCUUCGACAGCAGCGGGUCGGUCAUUCAGCGAGGCUGCAGCGACAAUCUGGCGGCAACGUGCAGUGAGACGGAUGCCAAAUGCUACGAGUGCCGCUCCAGUGGCUGCAACAAUCUGAAGACCAACACCAAGCUUAUCGACUGUGUGGUGUGCGACGCUCAAGAUGAUGAGCACUGUGUCAACGACAUUGAGCUGGUCACGGAGACACGGCAGUGCAAUGAGCAGUGCAUUACGGCACUGUAUCCGCGCACUAGCGAGGCGGGCGCACCGUUGGAGAUUGUACGCACUUGUCUGGACGAUCUGGACUUGGAUGAUCGCGAAGCUUGCGCCGAAGGUACAAUGAGCACUUGUGUAGCCUGCGGCACGGGCAAGUGCAACACCGUCGAGAUGGGCGUGCGCGGCAGCUGCAACGUUUGCACGGAUGGCAACUGCGACAAGCCGGACUCUAAAACGUGCCGCGCUGUUGCCGCCAGCGGCCAAGAACAGUGCUUCAUACAGCUGGACGAGACGGACGAAAUAACCGAGCUAGGUUGUCUAAGUCAGUACAAUGUGAGCGAUGCCACGCUCUUGCAGCGCGAAAAGCGUAUCUGGACGUGCUCCGGCGAGAAUUGCAAUCUGAUUUCCGCACUGCCCACACCCCAAACCUGUAAGCUUUGCAAUUCCCGCACCGACAUCUACUGUGCCAUUGAGCCGGCUCUGUCAACCUCUGAAACGGGAUGCUCCCAUCCUUUGAACACUGAUUGCUAUGCGCUACUGCGCGACGAUGGUCACACAGAACGCGGCUGUCUUAGCACACUGGACGAGGAGGAUUAUAUGGAAUGCCUGGUUGGAAACAAUGCCACCAAGUGCGUCACCUGCACGGGCGAUGACUGCAAUGUCGAACUGCAACCUUUGGAACGCCUAACCUGUCACGUUUGCGACUCUAGCGUUGAUGGCAAUUGCGAAGUGGCGCCCAAUGCUGCCACCGUUUGCGUGAAGCAUUCCGUGAAUCAGACAUGUGUGACCACCCUCGACUUGAACGGCAACACAGUACGUGGCUGCGGCGAGAGCUUGGACUGCAUAAGCAGUGAUAGUAAGAGCUGCCAGCGCUGUGUGGGCAACAACUGCAAUACGGAUAACUUGCGACGACGAGCCGAUGGUCGGCCCGGGCAGUGGGCUCAGGAGCUGCCGCUGAGCUGUCUGAGCUGCGAUGACACGACGACAUGCGCAGCCAGCAGUCUGGAGGAGAUUGCAUGCGCCGGCAACGAUGAAUAUUGCAUGACAGUAUUUGAUGCAGCGGGCGCGGUCAAUGCACGCGGCUGCAGCAAUGUCGUGGAGGCCUCCUUCAGCGCAUAUUGCGAUGCCAAUGCCGGCAAAUGCCACAACUGUAAUUCAAAUAGCUGCAACAGUGCCACCUCGCUGGACAGCUACACUGAGUGCAUUUACUGUGAUGCCAGUCAGAAUAGCGAGUGCGUCCGAAAUCCCACAGCUGUGACUGCUAGGCGUCAGUGCAAUGGUCAGUGCAUGACGGCGUAUAGACCACAAAAUGGAACCAAUGUUUAUGAGCUGGUGCGUGGCUGCUUGGACGACAAGGAUCCCGAGGACCAAGAACGCUGUGCCAUAGGCGCCGAUAGUGAGUGCGUGGCCUGCACGGGCAAUGCCUGCAAUGGAAACGAUCUCAGUCUAAGUACGCUCAGCUGUUACAUCUGCAAUGGCAAUGAAGACUGCGAAGAUCCAAAUAUGGCUGCUUGCCUCCACUAUAGUCCUACGGAUCGCUGUUACAUGCUGUUUGAUGACACGGCAUCGGUAACGGCUCUUGGCUGUCUGUCCGAGCUUGAAGAGGAUUUUAUUGAUAAAAAUCUGGAAUACUUAGUCUAUUGCAAUGAGAACAACUGCAAUUCCUUUGAAAAUAUUCCAAAGCCCAACGAAUGCACCACCUGCUCUUCCCUUGAUGACGAAAAUUGUGCCUCCAACCCGAGCAAAAUCACCCAGUUCGAUACAUGCAGCGUGCUGCCAAACACUGGCUGCAUGACGCGUGUGCUGUCCGAUAACUCCACGCAGCGCGGCUGUGUAAGUAGCUUGGCUACCAGUCAGUUGAGGGCGUGCCUGAAGGGCGAAGGCAAUUGUGAGGUGUGCGAAGGCACCCUGUGCAACACGGAGAUCUACCCGGCUGAUCGUCGUCGCUGCCAACGCUGUAACUCAGUUGAGGAUCCAAAUUGCGGCUCAGCGCCCAACGCCGCCAGCGUCUGCCCGCGUUAUGAUGAAGCCCAGGGCUGUAGCGUUAAAUUGGUGGAUGGUGCCACUUAUCGCGGUUGCCAGACGGAAUUCCAGUGCGAUGAUUCCGACAAGCAGUAUUGCCGCUCCUGCGCCGGCGACAAUUGCAAUGUGGUCGAUCUAGAGAUCUGGAAUAUUGGCUAUCCGGGCAAAUGGGUGACCCCGCCAAUUAAUUGCUAUACCUGCGAGGGUCCAGCCUGCCAAGGCUCAAGUCUGGGUUUGCUGCAAAAGUGUGCCAACAACAAUAACCAGAACUGUGCUACAGUGUUCGCUAGCAACGGUUCCGUGGUGCUGCGCGGCUGUACCGAUGAGCUGUACGCCGAUGCGGACCUCACGCAGUACUGCGAUGAGACGCCCGGCAGUUGCAAGUUCUGCAAGUCGACUGGCUGCAAUAAUGCUAAGGAGCUGGACAGCUAUUUAGACUGCCUCAUGUGCGAUGGGACCGAUCAGGCUGAAUGUGUACGCAGUGUCGGCGACAUUUCUCGCAAAGUAUCUUGUCAAGGCAGCUGCUUCACAGGACUGUAUCCACGCAACCGAUCGGAGCUGGACUCACCAUUGGAAUUGGCGCGCGGCUGUCUGGACGAUCUGGAUUAUGACGAUCGUACGGCUUGUGCAGCCGGCAGCUUGGAUAACUGUGUUGCCUGCAGCAGUGCCGCCUGUAAUAAGAACGACGUACCGGAGAAUCGCUUAAGCUGCAACUACUGCGACGAUGAGCAAUGCGAUCAAGUGAGCUCCCGAAUUUGCACCUCAUAUCGGACUGAGGACGAGUGCUAUAUUCAUGUCGGCGACCGCAGUAUCGAGAGUAUGGGCUGUGCUAGUGAUCUAGAGAGGUCCUUCCUCCAAGCUAAUCGACGCGACUUGCAUCUCUGCAGCAGCGAAAACUGCAAUGUCAAAGAUGUGCUCAAUUUGGAUGGCGUUUCCUGCAAUGUUUGUAACUCCACGGACGAGACCAAUUGCAUUGCUGGCGAUUCCAGCCUCGCUGCCGUCUGUCAACAUUACCUCUACCCGCAGUGCUACUCUCACAUCUCCGAUGAUGGCGUUUUGCACCGUGGCUGCCUUAUGGACACGGACGAUGUACUCUUUGACGAUUGCAUCAGCGAUACGAGCUCCACUUGCCAGAUUUGCGAUGAAAAUAACUGCAACAAGGGAGUGUAUCCCGAGGACUGGCAGAGCUGUUUGCGCUGCGACUCCAAUAACGACGAGAACUGCGAAAAGAACCCAACAACCUAUGCCAGCUAUUGUCCCUUCUAUGAGGCAGGCGAUGUGUGCGUAACCAGCUUAGAGAAGGGUCGGACUCGCCGCGGCUGCCAGUCGGAGAUCUACUGCGAUGCCAGCCAGGUGGCGAGUUGCCGCGUCUGCGAGAACGACAACUGCAACGUGGUGGAUUUGGCAGCCAACUACGUGGGUGAGCCAGGCAAGUGGCAGGAUUUGCCACUGAGCUGUCUGGUGUGCUCAGACCUAGAGAGCUGUGCCAGCGUCACAACACCAACCACCUGUGAGGGCAACAACAAGCAGCUCUGCUCCACUGUAUUCAAUGAGGCUGGCAAUGUGAUAGCUCGCGGUUGCAGCGACGCUGUCCUGACAGAACACGCCACCUAUUGUGAGGCCAAUGCCGACAAGUGCUUGCAAUGUAAGUCGAACAGCUGCAACAAUGCCAACAGCUUGACAUCCUAUGUAGACUGCUACCAUUGCGAUGCUGAGCUGGAUGCUAGCUGCGGCUGGGAGACGCCCACGAAGACACGCAAGUGUCAGGGACAGUGCAUGACUGGCUUGUAUCCGCGCAGCUCUGCAGUGGACUCAGCGCUGCUGCCCACCCGUGGCUGCCUCGACGACCUGGAGGAGGCCGACCGUGAAAAAUGUGCAGCUGGCAAUCAUGCCAGUUGCUCGGCCUGCACCGGAACGCUGUGCAAUAGCGGCGAUAUUGUAGAGACGCCCCAAGAAUGCUACACUUGCACAGAUAGCUAUUGCGAGGACAUGGUUAAGUCCAAGUGCGUCGCCUAUAAGGAGAAGGACCAAUGCUACCUUGCAUUUGACAGCAAUAGCAUCAUCGGUAUGGGCUGUGCUAGUGACUUUGAGACGCAGGUCGUCAACGAGCUAGUAGCCCAGAAGCGUCUGUUGCUCUGUGAGGGCCAGAAUUGUAACCACCCCGACAUCUUACCUGGUGCUAACAACUGUCUACAGUGCAACUCUCUGUCCGAUCCGCGCUGUGCUACCAAUCCCAACACAUUGCUGUCCACCGGCAUCUGUUCCAUUUUGCCCUACACCCAGUGCGUCACGCAUAUUGACGCGGCGGGCACAACAACACGUGGAUGCGUGUCCAACUUGGAAAGCAGUGACUUUUACGAAUGCAUAAUGGGCACCUCGGAGAAGUGCGAGGUGUGCACCGGCACCAACUGCAAUGGACUCAGCGUUUUCCCAGCGGAUCGUCGUCGUUGUCAUCAGUGCGACUCUGCGACUACGCCCGAAUGUUCAUCUUCUCCCAGCAGCAGUGCAGUGUGCCCUGUUUAUGAUGCCGAGGACACUUGUGUGACCACGUUGAAGAACGAUGUCACCUAUCGCGGCUGUAGCUCCAGCUUAAGCUGCACGGAUCCCAGCAAUACCAGCACCUGCCGCGUCUGCAGCAGUGACAAUGCUUGCAACACAAUCGAUUUGGAGCGCCUGAAUAUCCACGGCUGGCCGGGCAUUUGGCAAGAGCCACCCAUCAGCUGCCUAACCUGCGCCAGUGCCUCCGAAUGCAGCUCCGGCGGCGGCCAAUUGGAAAAGUGCGAGGGCAGCGACAAUUGUGUUACGGUCUUUGAUGCGACCGGCGAUUCCGUGACUGCGCGUGGUUGUAGCAGCGCGUUAGAGACGACCACGUCUAGCUACUGUGAUGAACAGCCUGACAAUUGUCCGCGCUGCAAUUCCAAUGGCUGCAAUGUGGCGGACAGUCUCAAGGACUAUGUGGAGUGUUUGGUGUGCGAUUCCAGCGUGAAUCCGGACUGUGUACGAGAUGCCACAACGAUCAGCCAGACUCGUCCGUGCCACCAGAGUUGCAUGUCCGCUUUCCGGCCACUCUUCGGUGAAACUAGCGAUCCCAGCUACGCACUAGUGCGCAACUGUUUCGAUGACUUGGAGGAGCAGGAUCGCCAGACCUGCGACACGGACGCCAACAAGUUUUGUGCCAGCUGCGAGAACGAGAAGUGCAACAAUAAGGAUCUGUUGACCACACGCCACAGCUGCCUGAGCUGUCGCGGCGAUGAAUGUCAGGACGCACAACCGGCCAGUUGUGCCAACUAUCGCGAGACAGAUGAGUGCUACAUAGAGUUCGAUGAGCAGCGCUCCGUCAUUGCCCAGGGCUGCCUCAGUGAACACAGUCAUGAGGAGAUUUACUUGCUGCAGCGCUCGAAGCGACUGCUGACCUGCGCGGAGAAGGAUUGCAACACGUUGGAUUCACUGCUCGAGCCCCAAAGCUGCCUCUUGUGCAGUUCGCGCACAGAUCGCAACUGCGCCGUGAAUCCUAGCAGUGUGAGCAGCGCUACCAGCUGCGUGUUAACGGGUCUGCCAGAAUGCUAUUCACGUGUACUGAGUGACGGCUCCACAGAGCGUGGUUGCCUGUCCAGCUUGGAGGAGGAUGAGUUCCUUGGUUGCUACAAUGGCACCGCAACAGGCUGUGCUUCCUGCCUAGGCGACUCGUGCAACAAGGAGGUAUAUCCCGCAGAUCGAACCUCGUGCCAUAUUUGCAACUCUGAAAGCGAUGCCAACUGUGAGUCAACGCCCAACAGCCUGUCUGUGUGCCCCGUCUAUGUAGCUGGAGAUGCCUGCGUGACUAAUCUGCGCGGCGGCAUUACCUACCGAGCCUGCGCAAGCUCGCUAAGCUGUGAGCCCAACUCCAAGACCUGCGUCAUCUGCGAGGGAGAUGGCUGCAACGUUGCUGAUCUGGCUGCUGCUUCAGAUGAUAAUCACGGCAAGUGGCAGGAUCUACCUCUAACCUGUCUUAGCUGCGUGGGCGCUGACUGUCAAGAGACCAGCAGCAGCAGCAGUAGCUCUGAGCGUUGUGCGGACAAUAACGAGCAGGAUUGUAUAACAGUGUUCGAUGAGGCCGGUGUGGUGGUCCGUCGUGGCUGUCAAGAUGCCAUUGAAGAAGAUGAGCAGCUUGUCAGCUACUGCGCGACCAACUCCGCCAAGUGUCCGCUGUGCAAGUCCAACAACUGCAACAAUGCAACUUCGAUAUCACAAUACAAGAGCUGCAUAUACUGUGACUCAUUCAAGAGCACAUCCUGCUUGUCGGAGCCGACAAGCACGGCACACAAGCGCCGCCAAUGCCAGGGCGACUGCAUGUCAGCGCUCUAUGGCAGCUCCGAGGCUGGCUUGGAUCUCAUACGCACUUGCUUAGAUGAUAAGGAGCCGGAGGAUCAAUUGUCCUGCUCGGCUGGUAAUGAUGCCAAUUGCGUGUCCUGCUCGGGGGACGACUGCAAUGUACAUGCUGUGCCCGCGGAUCGCUUAAGCUGCUACCACUGUGAGAACGAAGACUGCGAGGAGCCCGAAUCCAAGAAAUGCGAGAUUUACAAGCCUAACGACAGUUGCUUCCUGUGGAUUGACGAGGAGAACAGCAUCAAACAGGCGGGCUGUCUGAGCUCUUUCCGCAACCAAGAUCUGGAAAGUGUGAUCAAGACAAAGCGCGUUGCUGUUUGCCAAGGCGAGAACUGCAACACACCCCAGCUUCAAGUUCCCGUCAAGUGCGCCGUCUGCGAUUCUCGUGAGGAUGCCACGUGUGUCACCAAUCCCCUGGCAGUGGACAGCUUUAAGACAUGUAGCCAGCUGCCGCAUACGCACUGUGUGACCAAGCUGGAAAAUGAUGGUGCAACAAUUCGUGGCUGUUUGUUUGACUUGCCACAGUCCGAGUUUGCGGCCUGUCUACUAGGCAACGAUAGCAAUUGCGAGGUGUGUGCCGAGGACGGCUGUAAUCGCGAGAUUUUCCCGGCUGAUCGGCUGCAGUGCUACAGUUGCAGCUCGGCGGACGACAGCAGUUGCAUUUCCAAUCCCACCCAAACAUCGGUAUGCGCCUGGGUCAGCGAUACGGAAACCUGCCAGACCCGGCUGGAAGACAAUGUAACUACGCGUGGCUGCAGCAGCUCGAUUGGCUGCAACGCCACUGACUACCGCAGCUGCCGCAACUGCGUUGGCAGCAAGUGCAACUCAAUUGAUUUGGCCAAUCGUGUGGAUGAUGGUCAGCAUGGUUUAUUCCAAGACUUGCCCUUGAAAUGUCACAGCUGCGAGGGCGAUCAUUGUCACAGCUCCCUGGGCCCGGCCGUGGAGUGUACACUGAACGCUGAGCAGGAUUGCAAGACGGUGUUUGAACAGGACGGCAGCACGGUACGCAGACGCGGCUGUGCCGACGAUGUGGAUGAUUAUGAGGAUCUCUACUGUCGGCAAAACCCCGAGCUCUGCUUCACUUGCAAGUCCAACGAAUGCAACGAUGCCUGGAACCUGGCUGAUUACACAAGCUGUGUCUUCUGCAACUCGGCGACAGAUACUGAGUGCAUUACCUAUCCACAGAGCGCCGACCUUGCCACGCGCCAGUGUGUGGGCAAGUGUAUGGUGGCAUUGGUGGGCAAGGAUGUGUUACGCAGCUGUCUGGACGACAAGGAGGCAUUCGAUCGUGUUGCCUGCACCAGUGACGAAAGCGGCAACAACUGCGCUGCCUGCGAGGACGGAAAGUGCAACACAUUCCCCUUCCCGGCAGAUCGUUUGAGCUGCCACGUUUGCACUGGCAGCAGUGACUGCAGCUCAAGCCAUACACAAUCCUGCAUCGCCUAUGAGAAGGACGACUUUUGCUUCGCCAAGUACAACGAUGGUGCCGUCGAACUUAUGGGUUGCGCGAGCAGCCAAAACAGCAGCGAUCUGGAGCAUUGGCGUGAAGCCAAUCUGUUGCAUGAAUGCACAAGCAACGACUGCAACGAACUGAGUCGCCUGCCUUCCAGUGACGUUUGUCUGGCCUGUGACUCCAGCAAGACGCCCGACUGUGCCCAGUCGCCCACUGACGUGUCCAGCACGCAAACCUGCCAUGCACCCUUGGCGGACUGCGUCACCCGAAUAGAAAAUGGACACACCAUACGUGGCUGCCUGAGCAGUCUGAGCAGCACCGAGGGCACCGCCUGUGUGGCCAAUGGCACCUGUGCCGGCUGCGCCGGUGAAAAGUGUAACGUAGACAUCUUCCCGGCCAAUCGGCGGAGGUGUCACAUUUGUGAUUCAACCAGUUCCAACUGCGAAGAAGAACCAAAUCAUCUGGCCAUUUGCCCCAUCUAUGCCGCUGACGACACUUGUGUCUCUACCCGUGGCUCCGACAACUACAUACGGCGCGGCUGCGGCAGCCAACUUGAGUGUGAGCUCGAUGACGAGGACCAUUGCAAUGUGUGCAAUACAGAUGGCUGCAACACGGUCAAGUUUAACGGCUCCGCUGCGCUCAGUGGCUUUGGAAUUGCAUUGACGCUCCUCUGCGGCCUGGUAGCCAGCGGCUGGCGGCUUUAGUAGCACCUGAUCCCCAUCCACCUAUCACUUACUUGCCAUAGCUCAUAGUUAAAUAGAUGUACAUAGAAUAUAUUCUAUACGAAAAAGCUUAAAUUAAAACGACAAUAUUUUAGAAUCAUAUA